UGUUUGCAGGAACAAGUGAUCAGGAUGCCUGAACCCGCCAAGUCUGCGCCCAAGAAGGGCUCCAAGAAAGCCGUGACCAAGACGGCCGGCAAAGGAGGCAAGAAGAAGAGAAAGACCAGGAAGGAGAGCUACGCCAUCUACGUGUACAAGGUGCUCAAGCAGGUGCACCCCGACACGGGCAUCUCCUCCAAGGCCAUGAGCAUCAUGAACUCCUUCGUCAACGACAUCUUCGAGCGCAUCGCGUCCGAGGCUUCCCGCCUGGCUCACUACAACAAGCGCUCCACCAUCACCUCCAGGGAGAUCCAGACCGCCGUGCGCCUCCUGCUGCCCGGUGAGCUGGCCAAGCACGCCGUGUCUGAGGGCACCAAGGCCGUCACCAAGUACACCAGCUCCAAGUAAACCACCUGGUUACUGGCUAAACAACAAAGGCCCUUUUAAGGGCCACACACAUGCAACUUUGAGCCAGAAACCUUCUGAUUAACCAUUUCUUGGUUUUGUGACUUCAUUCUACUUG